GCCAAAGUUAUUAAAACACAAAACAAAUAAACAAAAACAUCUGGAAGCUUUGGAAUUCUGCACAAGUAGGCAGUUUAAGCUUAAGAAUUGCUUAGGACAAUGUCAAAGUUGUUAAAACACACAAAAAAAAAAUAAAAUCAUCUGGGAGCUUUGGAAGUCUGGGGAGGUCUUAAUUUAUGAUUACUUUAAAGUCUCAACAUUUGAAAGUAAAUAGAACCCCAUUAGAGAAACAUCUGUAGUGAAGCCAGCCUCUAGGCUUUUUCAUUUUUAUCUUUUGCUUAUGCAGUGAAGGGGUCUGCAUUGCAGUAUUCCAUAUUUGAACCAAGGUCUUUUGCUAAAGAAAGACUCCUGUUUUUUAGAGGAGUUCAAUAGUUGUUGUCUUAGAGGUGAGGUAUUGCUGUAAAAUGUACACGAAGGUGCAUCUGUCAUGAAAGAAAUGCAAAAAAUAACUGAUUUAGUAGGAUUUUAUCAUGGCAGAAGGUAACAAAAAAUACCAUAUUGUUCCUUCAGAAUUCAGUAUAUCAUUAAUGUGACAGGAAGAGGUAUAGAUGAGCAUGUAAAUAAUUUGGAAAUGCUAGGAAAGCUUCAAGGUUAGUAGUUGCUAGGAAGACACUUGCAGAACUUCUGCAAAUCCUGAAAAAAAUAGGAUGAGCAAGAUGACUUUAAAAGCUUAAUAUAGCUACAGAAUUUUAAUGAUCACACAUUUGCAAGAGAGCAUAUAAAGGUCAUUGAAGCAAAUUCAUAGAACAGCAGGCCUACAAGGACAGUGUUAAGGAACAAGCAGGAAAACAAACAGAGCAAAGAAGUCGGAACAAAGAGGAGAAAAUGGGAUCGGAAGGAAUGGGAGACCAAGACAUCUCCUUGGAAGUGAAAAUGAGAUAACGGACAUAGUCAACACUGUCAAGAAAACAGGAAGUUUAUGGAAGAAGCUUCAGGAGAGGCUGGAAGAGAAGGAAUCAUCUGUGGACAGAAGGCACAGUGGAGGAAGUUCAAAAGUUUGUAGAAGUUGUGUGAAGAGAUCCAAGUCACCAUGCUACUGAUAUCCUGGGUACUGAAAGGUGCAACAGAGGUAAGUUUAAUCUCGAGCUCAUGAGCCUAUGACAACUUAACUGGUUGAUCCUUGAUCCACAAAAGGAUCUGCUUUUAAAACAUUGCUUUGAAACAACACUGCUCUUAAAACAUUUCUGUCUUCUUUAUCUGUUGGCAACUGUGGGUUGCACAGAAUUGUUUCCCAUUAGGAUGUCCCAGCUUCCAAGUGAAAACCCUGACAGUAGGUUCAUGGUCAUCUCCCUUAGCAGUGGUUUCAUUCAGCUGCAAGUGAACCACGUAGGUUUGCCUGGAGCUGAGCUGAGCUGUUGAAUGAGAGCUGCCAAUAUCGUUCCUCAUGGUGUGGAGCUAACUAUAGUAAGAAAUUAACUCAAGGCAAAAUUUAUCCAACCAAGAGGAUCAUUAAACAAUCUGUUACUUAUGAUUUGAUAUUCACAAACAAUUACUGGGAAAUUUCAGGAGAGUUCCUUGGCUGAGAAGUAUCGAAAUGUUGGAAGUCAGGUAUUUCUCAUACUAAUUCAGCACAGACUUUUAUCCUGCCUGAGAGCAAUUUCAAACAUGUGACACAUUUCUCAAGUUAACUCUCUUAUCACUAGACAGUAACAUGGUCUGUGAUAAAAGGUGACAGAACCAUGAAAGUCAUUCUUGCUCAGUUGUCUAUAUCAGACUACAAGGGCAGGGGCUUUGAUGCCUAGCCAAGUAAUUGUCUGGGAAGGGGAAAUAAAUUCCAGUAACUCACAUCUUUCUUACCUUUGCCUGUUGAGAAAAAUUCAGCUACUUAUGGUUUUUAUCACUUAGCCACUCCUACUUUGGCAUAUUCCUUUUGUAGAAGUGUUAACAAACAAAGCAGUUAAGAUGAUACCUAACUGUGUAGGGGGGAAAAAAAGGAAAGAGAUAAAAAGUCCAAGUAACAAACCAGCAUGUUUUUUAUUUAAGAUAGAGCACAUUCAAGAGACAAAAGCAAGGUGCCAGAUCCUUAACAGAGUUGCAGCUGGUUUUGAGCAUCAGCUGAUUUAUCAGUAUGUGUACAGACACACAAACAUACGUAUUUUGCUGCUGCAAAAUGCUUUAAUGCUUUCUCAUGAACACUUGUCAUUUUGACUUGAUGGAAAUAAAAAUUGGUUCAUUCCCAGUUGUUUUUAUUUAGAAGGUCAGUGUCUUCAGGACUUCCCGUCCACUUCCAGAGAGGGAAAGGUGACAAAAUCUAGUGCAUAGAGACAUCCAUGAACCUCAUGACUGAAGAGCAGGAAGGAUGUGGGAAACAGGGAAGUGGCUGAUAUACAAGUGUAUUGGAGAGCUGCUGCAGUAACAACAAUUCCAAAUGUUAAAGGAGAUGGGAAGGACAAGCCUGGCUGUGCUAGUAAUUUUGUGUGUGUUAAGGACUGUUAAACCUUUUGAAAUGGAAAUUAUACCUGCUGAGAAAAUUGUGGCACAGAUUGGAGACACACUCAUACUCACAUGCAAUACCACUGGCUGCCCAUCACCAGUUUUUUCCUGGAGAACACAGAUGGACAGCCCCCUUGGAGGAAAAGUCAGCAGCUACAGGACACAUUCUAUACUGACUAUGAAUCCAGUUAGCAUUGUGAAUUCUCACUCUUAUCUAUGCACUGUCAUCUGUGAUGGCAGAGAGAAAAAGGAGAAGAGUGUCAAAGUUCAAAUUUACUCUUUCACCAGUAAUCCUGUCAUUGAGAUCAGCCCAUCCUUAGUUGCUGGAGAACCAGCCACUAUUGUCUGUAAAAUUCCUGAUGUGUAUCCUUCUUCCUACCUGGAAGUUGUCCUAAAGGAAGGUGAACACAUUCUUCAUGCCCAGAGUUUUCCUGAAGAUGACAACACAAAUACAGAGACCAAAAUUGUGACAUAUCCAUUUCUCCCCACGGCUGAACAUACUGGGAAAGUGAUUACCUGUGUGGCCAAGUUACCAAUUGCUGAUAUGACUUUUGAACCCGAAGAAAAAACAUCUUCUCAGAAACUUAAUGUAAAUUUUGGUCCACAAAACACUGUCAUUACUGCAUCUCCAGGCAGCUCGACAAUGGAAGGAGAUUCUCUGAACCUCACUUGUGUGACUCAGAGUAACCCUCCAGCAAAAAUAGUUUGGAGUAAAUAUUUGGCUGAAGAAAGCAUUCAGCAUCUGAUAAAAAACAAUGUUCUUGCCAUUCCCCAUGUCCAUUUCAAUGAUUCAGGACGGUACAUCUGUGAAGUAAUAAAUCUGGUAACUAAUAAAACAGAGAAAGAAACCGUGGACAUUAUUAUACAAGGUGCUCCAGUCAUUACAAAACUCUCCAUUGAACCUUCUACAACAGUUCAAGAAGGAGAAAAUGUUUCCAUACAAUGUUCUGCUGAAAGUAACCCUCCUCCCAAGAUUGUUUUAAGGAGAAAAUAUGACAAGGCAGACAUGAGGCCUUACAGUGCCAGGAGUAUUCUUUUUCCAUCUGUGAUGUUCCAAAAUGGAGGAGACUAUGAAUGUCUAGCAGAAAAUAACUUUGGGAAGAGCAAAAGUGAAAUCACACUUGAUGUGAAAUAUGGACCAAGGAAUACAAUGAUCACUGUUAUCCCCACUGCUGCUCUUAAAGAAGGAGAAACUGUGACAAUGAAAUGUACUAGUUCUGGUAACCCAGCUCCCGUGAUCUCCUGGAAGAAAAAGAAGGCCAAUGGAGAGUCUGAGAAAAUUUCUAAAAAUGCAACUUUAACUAUAUGGAACUUGAAAAGUCAAGAUCUGGGGCUUUAUGAAUGUGAAGCUUAUAAUCAAUUUGGCAAGGAAGAAAAAGCGGUGAAAUUAUUUGUUCAAGCAAGAUUGGAAGAACCAGACCAGACGAUACCACUGAUUAUUGCAUUCUCAGCUGUAGCAGCAGUAGCAGUACCUGCAGUUGCAAUUUUGAUUUACGUGUCAAGACAAGCAAAAAUCAAUGGAUCCUACAGUCUUGUAAAAGCACUCAGGUUGAAAGUUUGAUCAUGUGAAUAUAAGUCUUUAGUUGAUAAUAAGCACAUUUAUUUAUUACUGUGACUGGUUCUACUCUCCUGUAACAUAUGGUAACAAACAUGUGACUUAAGAACAGCACCAUGUGAUAAGCAAAUGGGCUUAUUUUCAUGUUUUUAUAAGUACUUUGGUAUUUAAAUUAAAGGAAGAGUUAGAAAUUGAUAAAUCACUUCUGUGUUGAAGCAUUCUGAACAAAGAGUUCUGUGGAGAACUAGAUUUGUACAUAGUGUAUAAUUUGUGUUAUAAAUAUGUUCAACUAAAUAUCAGUUUGUAAAACUGAAGUUUUAUUGCAGCUGUACAGAGAAAUUUUGUUAAUUCAAAGAUAAAAAUCAAUAUUGCUUGAGGUGAUCAGGUGAUUUUUAUUUUGUGUUACUCUGCAGUAUGAAUGUUUUUUAUAGACUUUGUCUGUGGUAAUGUUUGGAAAAUGUUCUCUUUUCACUGAAAUUGCCAUAAACUCUACUUUCAAUGAAGUUACACAAUCACUGGGCUAUGCAUUUCUAACAAAUUUAAACUAAUUUAAGCCUUUGAGGCUCAUUUGUGAAACAUUUUGAAUAUUAUUAAAAAAUAUCUGGGGUUAUAACCUUGUAAGUUCUAGGACUGCUAAGGUAUUCUUGCUGGCUUCAAUUAUUCUCAGAUCAAUGUCAGAAUUCUAUUAUUUUGUGAUGAGCCAAAUCAGACCCUCCUUGUAAAAUUCUAGCGGAUUGUAAAUAUGCUUUACAGAUUUCCACUGCAAAAUAAAACUACCCAUAGAUUUCUUUGACUAAA